CAAUAAAUUCAAUUUCCUCUGCUCUCACAAUAAAAACAUGUCAUACACAAUAAUAAUAAUCUCUUCCUUCCAAAAAAAAAGGAAACUCGGAGAGACCAAAGCUUUGAUCAGAUGGCGAAGUUCCCUUCAAUUCCCCAUGUGCAAGAGACUGGGCAUAGGCGUGUGACAGUACAUAGCAGCCACGGUGAAGAACUUGUGGGUGUGCUACAUGAAACAAAUUCCCUGGAGCUUGUAAUUAUCUGCCAUGGCUUCAAGUCAUCGAAGGAUCGGAUUCCUAUGGCGAAUCUUGCUGCUGCUUUAGAGAAAGAAGGAAUCAGUGCCUUCCGCUUUGACUUUGCAGGAAAUGGUGAAAGCGAAGGCUCCUUUCAGUAUGGUAACUACCGUAGAGAAGCUGAUGAUCUUCGUGCCGUAGUUGAGCACUUUCAUGAGGAGAAACGUUUCAUAGCAGCAAUAGUUGGUCAUAGCAAAGGAGGAAAUGCUGUGCUCUUGUAUGCUUCGAGGUACAAGGAUGUACAAACUGUCAUUAAUAUAUCUGGCCGCUUCAAUCUUGAGAGAGGGAUAGAGGGCCGCUUGGGCAGAGACUUUAAAGAAAAGAUAAAGCAGGAUGGUUUUAUUGAUGUUAUAAAUAGAAAAGGAAGGUUAGAGUAUCGUGUCACUGAGGAAAGCUUGAUGGACCGUCUUACAACUGAUACUCGUGGAGCAUGUCUAAGUAUCCCCCAAAGCUGCAGGGUGUUGACAAUCCAUGGUACAAUGGACGAAAUGGUGCCAGUUGAAGAUGCAAUGGAAUUUGCCAAGAAUGUGCCAAAUCAUAAAUUGCACAUUAUCGAAGGAGCUGAUCAUGAAUUCACCAUGCAUCAAGAUGAGUUGGCUUCACUUGUGGUGGCUUUUGUGAAAGAGGGUCUAUGUGGAGACUACAUGGCUCUGCCAUCUGAGUCAUGCAAAAGAACAAGUGGAUAUAUACAUUCACGAUUCUGAUCGAUAUCCUUUGCUGUAUACAGUGUACCAUUUACCGACAACACCAAGUAGACAGUAGAAUAGGCUUGUAAGUGAGCAUAGGCCCUGCUGUGACCUUUUAUCUCAUCACUAAUGAAAGAAAGUUUUGACGGACUGAAUGCCAAAACUCAGUUCAAAAUGAGAAUUGCAGGACCUGUUAGUAGUAUUUGAGAAUGUAUAGAUACUGCAUAUAAUUGGGAAGAAAACAAGAAAAGUUUAUGGUAAUAGAAUUAGGUUCUUUUUGUCUCUGUUUUUCCUGGGAAGAAGCACGUUUCAACAUCCUUUGAAUUACUGUAGAAUUUCAUAUCAAAGAUGGUGAACAUUGAUUUA